UUGGAUAGACCUCCAAUGGCUGCAACCCACCAGGCGCUCCUAGCGCUUGGAAGGCGUCCCGGGUGACCUCAAGCCGCUUGCUGCAGGGCAAGAUCCUGACGGGCGACGGGGAUGACCACCCUGCUGAAAAAUCCUUCCGCGCCUCCCUCCCCCUCUCCCAGGCGAUGGGUCCGACUCCGGGCUGUCCCUCGAGCAGCGGCUCCAGGUCUCGGCCCUCUCCGGCCGGGGAGUGCCCCCUGUCCUUUUUGAGUCAGGGCUAUUUGCAUAGGUCCAGCGUGCGCCGGGCGGGAGGAGGGCCUGGGGCUAGGCUGCUUAUCCCUGUUGGAAUCCCCGGGCGGGGAGGGAGAGGACUGGGCUCUCAGGCUAACCCCCUCCCCAGUCCCCGAGCAGCGAGGGGGGAGGAGAGUCAGCCAGUCACCCACCUAUUCCCCCCGCCCCGCGCAGCUGGAGGACCAUGCUAGGGAAAGAGGCCACGCUUCCCAAACUUCCUGCCCCACUUUCGCGGCUGCCGGCUGCCAGGAGCUGCUGCUGCUGCUGAGCGCACACAGAGCGAGCGAGACACACGCACAGAGGAGCCGUCAGGCGGCCGGCCGCCCGCCACUCCCUUGGGGGAAACUGAGCGCCCGCGGCGGCGUCUUCCCUGGCGGAGCGUGCGCGCAAUGAGCGAGCCUCGGGAGAAGGCGGCAGCGGCAGCUUCGCCCCAAGGCGGCUGCGGAGGCGCCGGCAGGGGCCCCGUCAUCCUCUCGCUGCUCUUCUCGCUCCUCUCGGUGGGCGCCUGCUUCCUGCUCAGCGCCAAGACCUCCACGCUGCAGGGCAGGCUAGUGGCCCUCGAGGAGGAGCUGGCCAGCCGCGCGUGGAGCCCGGGAGACCAGCUCGGUGCCGAGCCCUUGCUCGCCCUGCUGCAGCCUCAGGUGGACGAGAUCUUGCAAGAGAAACUGGGUGAAGGAUUAGCCAAGCUACGCACAGCAAGAGAGGUGCCAUCUGAAUGCAGGUGCCCACCAGAAAAAGUAACUUGUUCCUGACAAGAAUAUGGUUGCUGGUACAUAGAGCUGUGUCCAAGUAUUCAUAGCACAAGUGGAAGAAGUUCUGCUCUUGCAAGUUAGAGGGAUGAUUUUUGCCAAUCUCACCUUCUUUUUGUGCCCCCUGAAAAUCUGCUCCUGAGACUACAGCAGACCUGCUCAAUUCAGGCCCUCCAGCUGUUUUUGAACUACAACUCUCAUAACCCUCAGCCACAGUUGCCAAUAGAGAAGGAUUAUGGGAAUUGUAGGCCAAUAUCUGCUGGAGGGCCAAAGUUGAGUAGCCCUGGACUACAGCAUAGGGGGCUGCAGCACCAAGAGGAGGAAUUGGUGAAGGAUGGGAAAACCUCACCUCUUCCUUUUGUGAGCAGAACUCUUCUGAUCAUGCUGUGAUCACUUAGAAUUCAACCAAAAAUUGAUUCAAGAGACAAUAUGUGAAUUGCUUCCAUGUAACAUGAAUUUAUUAGAUAUUGCUACAGCAAACAGGGAAAAUAAUAAUAAUAUUUCAUGCUGGUCUUCACAUUGAUCUCCUGGCUAACUUUACUUCCAUUUGGAAGCCUUCUCCUGUGGAUAUUCAGUUAGAGAGAAAAUUGCUCUUCCACCUGUGGAAAAUGUCUUCUACUUACAAAAGAGCUGUUUUACAUGUUGUGCUAGAGUAUUGCAUGAGAAAAGUGAAACAAAUUUCAAAAAUGUUCUUCUUGUGCAGCAACUUGCAUGAAUUGUUGCUGAAAUAGAUGAAUGAGAACUGCUAUACAACCCAUUUAUGACAGCAUUGUAUGAAGUCUUAUGCAUGGGCUUGUGGAACAGCAUUAGCUGAUAGUUUCCUCCUACUCGAUGGUUCUCUGGAUCCAGUUCAUUGUUUUUAAAUAAAACUUAAGUGUCUGAAAAGAUCUAAACAAGAUGCUCAACUUUGUAGAACCACUUCUCCAAGUGUGUUGUUUUGGCAUAUACAUUGGAAAAACCAGUUUUGCUUUGAAAUUCUGGAAUUAGGCCAGUUUCUGUAUGUGAAUUUGCUUUUUAAUACUAUUUUGAAAUAAUGUAGCAAGAUUUACUUCUUCAUUACCAAUUCUACACAGAGCCUUUCUUUACUAGGUUAAGAAGGCAUUUGUGCUGGAGGUAGAGG